AUGUCUCCCAUCCCUGACGUCGUCUUCGAGAAGAUCGACAAGUACGUCGACUCGCUCGCGCCUCAGAUCCAACCCCGCAUCACCUCCGAGCUCGAGAUUUUCCAGAACAAGACCAUCGACAGCCUCGAGGACCAGGUCAUUGACGCCUUCCGCUCGCUCUUCAACAAGGACAAGGAUCCCAGCGGCGCCCGGAGCUUGAAUGACUCGCCUCCGGACUCCUACGGUGGCCAGUCCCUGCCCUUUGCCGACGAGAUCGCGAAGCUCACCCAGAGCUUCAGCAAGAUCACCGAUGGCGCCGGAGAUGACUUGAGGGAGAUUUUCGACUUGACCGAAGGCCGUGGGGGAGGAGGUGGUGAGACCCAGUCUCGUGGCAUCGACCACACCGAUUCGUUCUCUCGCGGUGCAAAGGGCUUCCUCUCAGCUGCCAUCAACGCGGUGCAGGACCACAUCGGAGAUGACAGGCAGGGCGGAGGCAACAAGUUCGAGCUCGACGGACUUCUUGGAGUGCUAAGCAACACGGUCAAGGAUGCUGCGCGCAACCCCGAGGAGAAGGCUCGCCUCAUCAGCCCCGAGAUCAAGGAGAAGGUCGGCGCAAAGCUGAGGGACCAGCAUGCCCCCAUCGCCGAGCAGUUCACCCGCAUCGCACUGGAUCACAUCAAGCGCUGGCUUCGCGGCAACACGAGCACGCGAGACCUUGGCGACGGUAUGAAGGGUGAAGUUGAGGACCAAGUGAAGGAUCUGGUCAAGGGCAUCGGUGGUUUGUUCGGUAAGAAGCACUCUUCGGGUGAGGGUGCUUCCCGAGGCCUCGGUGACCGCGAUGGUGAGGAAGGCGGAAGCGGAAGUGGUUUCUCCAGGGUCAUCAGCGACAAGCUGAGCACAGGUCUUGCGAAGGUUCACAGAGAGGUCCGUCUGGAGUUCCGCAACAUCCUCGGAGGCAUCGAGAAGCAGCUCUUUGAGCUCCUGCCCGACCAGUUCCAGCGGCCAUUGGAGAAGAUCCUCGGAGGCAACCCAUUUGACUCGCAGCUCGAUCGCGAGGCCGGAGGCUCGACAGACCGUGGAUUCGGAGACGACAUCAAGGUGAAGCUGGUCAGCAAGAUCCGCGGCCUGAUCCGCAAAGUUCAGGAGACACUGCGUGAGAGCAUCUUGGGCGUCGUCAACGGAGGUCACCGCAAGUUCGAGCGCGAGAGCUGGGUGUUCGUGCAGAACAUGGUCGAGACCAAGGUACAGAAGUAUCUUCCUAAUGUGAAGAUCAACGUGCCGGAUGACAUCGGAAACGAGGGUGUCAGCGUCGGAUCCCCGAACGUGCAGCUUGGUGGCGGCAACCAGCCCGUUCCUCCUGCGCAGGGCAACUACCCUCCUCCGCCCUCGCACCACGAUUCGGGUGGCCAGCAGCAGGGAUACAACCCCGGCAACUACCAGCACCAGCAACACCAAGAAUACCGGCCCGACCAGUAUCAACAGCAGCAGCAUCAGGAGUACCGCCCUGACCAGUAUCAGCAGCACCAGGGAUACCAAUCGGAGCAGCACCACUCCGGUCAGCAGAACUACGGAGGUCAGAAUCAGGGACAUGGAGGAAACCAGAGCUACGGGGGAAACCAGGGCUACUAUGGCGGCAACCAAGGAUACGACCAGAACCAAGGUCAUGGCCAGAACCCAGAUUACGGACAGAACCCUCGGUACUAG